UUAUCAAUCUUUUUCCAACUUGUUGACUGUUCGACUGCUUCUCAGUCUUUUUUUGAGGGAAGAGGAUGCAGGGCUUCACUACUACCUCUUUGCUGAAGCCAGGCGUAAGCUCCGCUACUCACAAUGUUUUGAGAAUAGUCUUGUUUUUGUUGCUACUUCUUCUAUUUGUUUGUAUUCUGUUGGGUAUUAACCAACCCCAUUCGACCGUGUUGUUCUUCUUGGCGUUGGGACUAACUUUGUCCUACUUGUGGUUUAUGUCCUUGAAGGCUUAAAAUAAAACAGAUAUUAAAGGCGUUGACUGUUGA